GUUUUUUUUUCCUUGGUUUAUUUACUUUUUUUAAAUAAUUUCACAUUUUGCUAUCAUAGACGAUUAGUUCCCUGUUUUUUUCUCUGUGUGUUGAGACUUCAUUAAGAAACGAUUAAAUCCUUUAUAGCAAUUUACAUCAUAGCUUUAAGGUCUUAGGAUCAGUAUUUUAUUCCAAUAUCUCUUUCCCGUAAAAAAAGAAAACUGUUUACAUAUUAUAAAAGUAAGAAUUUCGAGGGGUACUUGAACGCAACACUAGCUUGAUACUCACAGCGUUACUCACAGUAGAUGUCUCCUGUUGGAUUUACCUACUGAAUUGAUCUAAUAGACACAAUUACAUUUAUAGCAAAGUCGGCUCUGCUGUAACGGGCAGUAAUACGUCAACGAAAUGAGAGGGUGACAUGUUGUUCUGCUUUCCGGGAGGAAAAGUGAGUGGAGCAGCGGAUACGGGAGGGAGGCGGAUGUGGAGCAGAGGAAUAAAUAACACAUCCACUAUCUGUAUUCGGAGGAAAACACUACGCUGCGGACGUCCGCAAGUAUCACCAGAGGCAGGACGCUUAUUCCUUUAUUGCUGUUCUUCACAUGGACAUUUUAUUAGGAAGAUGUCGCCUUAAGGGAAAAAGGCUGAAUAACCGAGUAUUGUCGGCCCAGCAGCCGGGUUCAAGAGGCCCUAGUUCCGACACCCAAGCUAGAGCAACUUGUUCGGAUCUAUUUUUGGCAUAUGUGCGAUUUCCUGGAACUCUGUUGUAAAGUUGUCAGAUGUUCUUCCAUCCAUGUGGACCACAGGUCUACCCUGUCAUUUAUCAACGAGGAUUAAGGACCACAUCACCUUUACUACCUUCUCACUGGUCAUUCUCUCUACCGCCCCCCUUUGGACGAACAGCAGGGGCAUGAUGUGAACUCAACAAUACACUGCUGCUGCCACUGCAUCAAUGAUAUGUGCUGACAAUCUCAAACUUUGGAGCUGACAGUAUAUUUUGGUGGGGGGUAGAACUGGAACUCCUGUCCUCAUCCAGAGACUUCCCUCGACCCAGACGUCUUUGCCUCCUAUUCUUUCUUUCUCCCUGUUGUCCUUUAAGUUUCAAUCAUUCGACCCUCCCUAACCACAGCUUUGCUCCCCCCUCGCCCUUGCCCCCGGUCAUUUUCCAACUCCUCGUCUUCUGUCACCUCCUUACCUCACAACCUUCAUCAUCACCACCAUCACAAUCGUCAUCAUCUUCCUCAGCACAACCACUCAUCACCUGUUCCUACUGACUCAGCUGACACAAUGGCGUUGGCAGCUGCCGCCUCCUCCUCAUCCAUUUCUUCUUCUCCACCAACAACAUCAUCAGCAGCAAAUGGCAGCGCCCGAGAGCACCUCCUGGUUGUGCGGCAGCGCGUCCCACAGACUCGGCCCUACACAAUUGGGCCUGAAAACCUUUGUGGGUUGUCAAUGCAGGGCCCAGUGAGUGGCUCCGCUUCUGGCUCCUCAUCGCCCUCUUCUGCCAUGUCAUCAGGGGGUGAGCCAGAAUCAGCCAGUAUGGGACUCCAGCGGGCCAACAGCGACACAGACCUGGUCUCCUCAGAUAGCCGCUCCUCACUCACAGCAUCUACAUACCAGUUUACUCUUGGUCAUGGCAGCCUCAUUAUUUUCUGGGACAUUAAGGAAGAAGUGGACGCCACCGACUGGAUUGGUCUCUACCACAUAGAUGAAACAUGUGUAGCCAACGUGUGGGACUCCAAGAACCGCGGUGUAAACGGCACUCAGAAGGGUCAGAUCGUAUGGAGACUAGAGCCUGGACCGUACCUCAUGGAACCGGAGACUAAAAUCUGUUUCAAAUACUAUCAUGGUGUGAGUGGAGCUUUGAGAGCGACGACACCUUGUAUCACUGUCAAGAACCUUACAGUACCAGCUGCCGGUGAAGGUCAAUUAGAUGACCAAUCAGGGAUAGAGCACUGUCGUAAACUUGUCAGUUUCACUCUAUCAGACAUUCACGCAGCAGGUCUGAAGAAGGGCAUGUUCUUCAACCCAGACCCAUAUUUAAAGAUGUCCAUCCAGCCUGGAAAGAGAACUGGUCUGCCCAAGUUCACCCACCAUGGCCAGGAGAGGCGGUCAUCCAUUAUUGCCAACACUAUCAACCCUGUGUGGCAAGGCGAGAAGUACACCUUUGUGGCUCUGAUGACCGAUGUGCUGCAGAUUGAAGUAAAAGAUAAAUUUGCCAAAAGCCGACCAAUCAUCAAGCGCUUUUUGGGUCAGCUGAUUAUCCCUGUACAAAGAUUGCUGGAGCGUCCAACAGAUGAUCAGACGUUCAGGUACAGCCUUGGACGCCGUCUUCCAACAGACCAUGUAAGCGGACAUCUUCUGUUUAGAGUGGACAUAACCUCUAUUGGGCAUGAAGCAGAAGCUUCCCCCGACACAAUGGAAACCAUUUUGGGUGCCACAGCGAACGGUGACCCAGGCAGUCCUUCAGAUGAUGAAGACCUUCCCCAGCCCUCUACGUCCUCGUACGUCACAUGCAGAUUCUCCCCCACAGGUGUGGAUGUGGGCUCCCCACUGGUCAAUGGCACUUGCUACUUUGGGGAGGACAAUGUGUGGCGGGAACCCGGGCACGUGGUGGAAGAGGAUCUGCGUCCCGUGGCUGCGGGUGGCCAUACUCACCGACAGGUGUCCCUCAAUGACUACCUAGAUGCUGUAGGGACCCCCUGUAGUCCUGGAGACCAGUCUCUGAGUGGAGCUUUGCCAAAGCUGCGUUCCAGUUUUCCCACGGACACGCGGCUUAACGCUAUGCUACACAUAGACUCAGAUGAGGAUGAUGAUGAAGCUGCAGGGCAGCACAGAGACCAAUCACAGGAGGCCAAGACUCUGCCCAGCUCUGUGUUACCGAGCACAUCAGUUGAGUGUCAGCAGGGCAAUGGUGGUUCAGUCAGAGACUCACAGACUGAAGCUGUGGCCACAGCCGAGCCACAGGCUGAGUCUUCGGAGGCUCAAACCAUAACCAUCGCAGAAAGUGCGGCUGUAGCUCCGACGCCAACGAGAAGCUCCACAGCCUCUGAAGCUGCAGAUGAGACUUUAGAGGUUGAAGGUGCAAGAGAUGAGGUAGAAGCUUCCUGCUCUGAUCAGGCCUCAGGGACAGAGGCAGCUGCAAACUCUGAGUCAGGGGCGUCUGUGAGAGAGUGUACCUGCAGGGCGGCGACAAACCUGGAUGCGUCCAGUAACUCUGCACUUGGUCCUCUUUCACAAAUCCAGGAAGUGGAGGUAGAAAAAGAAGUAGCUCCGAAGGCUGAGGAGGAAGGCGCGGAGUUAAUAAGCAGCCAGGCAAACGGUCCAAUAGCAGCAGCAGCAGCCGAAGAAGAUCAGACUUCUGCGUGUGGCGCUCAAGCAAGUGGCGGGAUCGCACAGGACGAGGAUGAAAGGAGGGAGGUGUGGAGGAGACGCCAGUCCAUGCAGACCAUGGACAGCAGAGCCCAGAACCAGGAAGAGAGCCAGAGUGUGGCCACGGGGGAGAGAGAGACAGGUGUGUGUGUAGGGGCAGCUGCCCCAGCUCAGAUGACUGGCCACCCAUCAGUUCGCUCAGUCCCAUCAGUGCGCCAUGAAGCUAAUCGCUACCAAAGAGUGGAUGAGCCGCUGCCACCAAACUGGGAGGCUCGCAUUGACAGCCAUGGACGGAUCUUCUAUGUGGACCAUGUAAACAGAACCACAACAUGGCAGCGCCCCACAGCGCCCCCUGCACCACAGAUACUACAGAGAUCGAACUCGAUACAACAAAUGGAGCAAUUAAACCGCAGGUAUCAAAGCAUACGCAGAACGAUAACCAAUGAGAGCAGACCAGAGGAGCUUCCAGUACAAGAACUGGACGAUACCGACAUGCACUCCACAAUACCAGAGCUGCGCAGGGACAAUAAUGUGGCCCAGUCCAGUUCCAGGUCUCGCUUGACUCUGCUGCUUCAGUCUCCCAGCGCCAAAUUCCUCAUUAGCCCCGACUUCUUCAGUGUGCUGCAUUCCAACCCUAGUGCCUACCGGAUGUUUGCCUCCAACACGUGUCUGAAACACAUGAUCAGUAAGGUUCGCAGAGAUGCCCACCAUUUUGAGCGCUACCAGCACAACAGGGACUUGGUGGCCUUUCUCAACAUGUUCACCAACAAGCAGCUGGAGCUGCCCAGAGGCUGGGAGAUGAAGCACGACCACAUGGGCAAGCCAUUCUUUGUGGACCAUAACUGCCGAGCAACCACCUUCAUCGACCCCCGGCUGCCCCUCCAGAGCACACGACCCCCCAGCAUCCUGGCUCACCGCCAACACCUGACCCGCCAGCGCAGUCACAGUGCUGGUGAAGUCAGCACACGGCGACUGGUUGGAGACGAUCGUCAUGCUGGCCCCCCAGUUAUACCACGGCCCUCCAGCACGUUUACCUCUGCCAACAGGGGGCAGUGUCCAGACAUUGUGCCAGUGGCCUACAACGACAAGAUCGUGGCAUUCCUUAGGCAAAUGAACAUCUUUGAGAUUUUGCAGGAACGACAACCAGACAUCAGUCGGAACCAUUCACUGAGGGAGAAGGUGCAGCUGAUCCGAAGUGAUGGAGUAUCAGGAUUGGCCAGGUUGUCUGGAGAUGCUGACCUGGUCAUGUUGUUGAGCCUGUUUGAAGAUGAAGUCAUGUCUUAUGUGCCCCCCCACGCUUUACUUCACCCAAGCUACUGCCAGUCACCACGGGGAUCUCCUGUCUCCUCGCCACAGAAUUCACCUGGCACUCAGAGGGCAAAUGCUCGAGCCCCAGCUCCGUACAAAAGAGACUUUGAGGCCAAGCUGCGUAACUUCUACAGGAAGCUCGAAACUAAAGGUUACGGCCAAGGACCAGGAAAAUUAAAGUUGAUCAUCCGCCGUGACCAUCUGCUGGAGGAUGCUUUCAACCAGAUCAUGUGCUACUCUCGCAAAGACCUGCAGCGCAGCAAACUCUAUGUUAGUUUUGUGGGGGAGGAAGGACUGGACUACAGUGGACCGUCCAGAGAGUUCUUUUUCCUGGUGUCCAGGGAGCUCUUCAACCCCUACUAUGGUCUUUUUGAAUAUUCGGCCAACGACACCUACACCGUCCAGAUCAGCCCCAUGUCUGCCUUCGUAGAUAAUCACCAUGAAUGGUUUCGAUUCAGCGGUCGUAUCCUGGGUCUGGCUCUAAUCCAUCAAUACCUGCUGGACGCCUUUUUUACCAGACCAUUCUAUAAAGGCCUGUUGCGGAUUCCCUGUGACCUGAGUGAUCUUGAGUACCUGGACGAGGAAUUUCACCAGUCUCUCCAGUGGACAAAGGACAAUGACAUAGAGGACAUCCUGGAACUCACGUUCACUGUCAACGAGGAAGUCUUUGGACAGAUUACGGAGAGAGAGCUCAAACCUGGUGGAGCUAACAUCCCAGUCUCAGAGAAGAAUAAGAAGGAAUACAUUGAGCGGAUGGUGAAGUGGAGGAUAGAGAGAGGAGUUGUGCAACAGACUGAGAGUCUGGUCAGAGGCUUCUAUGAGGUAGUAGAUUCCAGGUUAGUGUCAGUGUUUGAUGCCAGAGAACUGGAACUGGUGAUUGCUGGCACAGCUGAGAUCGAUUUGUCGGACUGGAGGAACAGCACAGAGUACAGAGGAGGUUACCAUGACAACCACAUAGUGAUUCGCUGGUUCUGGGCAGCGGUGGAGAGAUUCAACAAUGAACAGAGACUACGACUGCUGCAGUUUGUGACAGGGACAUCCAGUAUUCCUUACGAAGGCUUUGCUGCACUGAGAGGCAGCAACGGGCCGCGCAGAUUCUGCGUGGAGAAGUGGGGGAAGGUGACGUCACUGCCCAGGGCUCACACCUGCUUCAACCGCCUGGAUCUGCCCCCUUACCCAUCCUUCUCAAUGCUGUACGAGAAGAUGCUGACGGCUGUGGAGGAGACCAGCACCUUUGGCCUGGAGUGAAACACCUCAGACACCAAAGUUGAACAUGACUCUCCUUUAGUUUUGGAGACAAAGAGAAAGCCCCACAGCAGCAGCAGCAGCAGGAUGAGACUUAACAUCUGGAUUCUAAGCCUAGUUUGUGGACUACGGUUGAGAUGAGAUGAUAUUUUUUUGGUCAGCACCUGCAUGUAUCAGGCACUUGCUUAACAACUCACACUGCCACCUGUUUGAAGACACACUCUCCAGUAAAGUUCAAACUGUGAAUCUGACCCAAUCAGAGGAUGCCUUUGAUGUGGCCCACGAACACUCAUUAUGUAUUGGGAGUAGUCCAAUCGCCCCUAGUGGCCUAGUGAUCAAACUACACUCUUGAUGCUGGUAUUUAUUUUUCUGUAGGCCCUUUCACACUGGCAUGGCUCUGACUUGGUUCCAGUUGGACUCUGUUUUGGACUCUAUCUAGCCUUUGGUCUUCAGUCCGAAAUUGGUUCUCAGCCAAAGAACAAAGAUACCUUUUAUACUUGCAGUGUUCAGUGAUUUUCUUAACAGAAAAAAAGUUGGAAGUUGCCUCAGUACUGUGAAAAAGGAGAGUGGACAUGACAGACUGCGAUGGAUGCAGGGUGGUUCACUGAAGGCAACAGAGAUCUGAACCAAAUUAGAACCAGAACUAGGUCUGUGCCAGUUUAAGACUGUCCCACUGGUAUGUACAGAAUCUGAUUUCUUGGUUUCCUCAGUAAAAGUCUGAACCGGCUUGUGCCUUGACAGCGAAAAAACUGAUUUGGAUCAAUUUGCAUUACUGGUGCAAAAGAAGGCUGUUUCACUGAGAGCACUAAGGCUUUGAAUCAGAACAGGGCCAGAGCAGUGCUAACUCAGCCCAGUGCAUGGUUUCUAGUUACAUAUUCCACUGAGUUGUGCCUUGACUCCAAAAUACAAGUUGUUACAGGACUCAGAAAAUAACAUUUGAUUUUGUCAUUACAUCAUCAUUGCGCACAUCCAUUGAUCAUUGGUCAGAAGUAAGUAAAUGGACAUCUCCUGUAUUUCAGGAUAGAAGCUGUAGGGAAGAUCAUGAUCUAAGACAGUGAAAGCUUUGGUGCAUGUUUACAUUGGCCAUGUUGACAGUAUAUAUGUUCCACUAACAACUAUUCAGCAAACAUUUUCUGGGAGACUUUUUAAAUGCUGUUACUAGCCUCUGUUUAUUUUGUUGAAAUGAAUUCAUGGAUACCUUUAAUGGACUUUGGCGCUGCAGUGGUUGUGGUUGUUACAGUUUUCAAAGUAUCAAUCCAAUACCUUCCUUUCUCCUUCAGCUGAGGUCAUCGUGUCCCUAUUCAUGGCAUGUUGUGCAAUGUUGAACAUUUGGGUCAGACGGCCUUCCGUUUUUUUUUUUUUUUUGUUUUUGUUUUUUUUUUAUGUUUGAUCCUGAAACUUUGACCAAUAUUGGAGAGAUCAAUCAGACAAAAUAAGUGCUGUGUCAGUAACAUAUUAUAUGAUGCUAUUUGUGUUGUAGGGGCUGCUUUUACCUACAUCAACCAGGGGAGACAAAAUGAGCUGACACUUACUCAUGUAGCAACUUGAAUACAUAAACCAGAAAUAUGGACUUUUUGCUG